AUGUCCAAGAGAUUAAGACAGAAUACACUGGUUGCAUUUCUGGCAAAGAAAAAGAAAGAAAUUGACAAAGAGGAAGAUAGUAAACAUGAAACCAAGGAGGAUGGAAGAGAAAAUAGGGAAAGUAAGGUGGAGCACAGAGAGGAGAGUCAUUCAGAGAUGGAAGGGGAGCAGAGAAACACAGAGGAGGAUGGAGAGCAGAGAAACACAGAGGAGAGUGGAGCACAGAGAAAAACAGAGGAGGAUGGAGAGCAGAGAAACUCAGAGGAGAGUGGAGCGCAGAGAAGCACAGAGGAGGAUGGACAGCAGCACAGAGAUGGGAUACAGCAGGGACCAGGGAAACAGGGAAAUGGGGGGAGAAGAAAUGAGAAGUUCAUGCCCUCAGCAUCCCUUUGA